AUGAAGAAGAAGGGGUUGGCGUCAGGAGGGAUAUCGUUGUCGGCGUGGAAACUACAUGUAAUUCUUGUGUCCCUCACUCUCACCAUUGUUCUGUGCAAUCCCAAAGUUGCUUUUCUCUUUCUAGCUCGUCGUCAUUUGCCUCUCGAUUUUGUUUGGAAAUGUUUCUUCCAGAAUGCUGACACUGCUAAUUAUUCUAUAUAUAUACAUUCAGAGCCUGGUUUUGUGUUUAAUGAGUCUACAACAAGGUCACAUUUCUUUCAUGAUCGUCAAUUGAAAAAUAGCAUCAAGGUAAGUUGGGGUGAAGCAAGUAUGAUUGAAGCAGAGAGAUUGUUACUUGAGGAAGCUCUUAAGGAUUCAGCUAAUAGAAGAUUUGUUCUCUUGUCAGAAAGCUGCAUCCCGUUGUACAACUUUAGCUAUAUAUACACCUAUUUGACGACUUCUCCUAGGAGUUUUGUAGACAGCUUUCUCGAUAAAAAAGAACGGCGUUACAACCCAAACAUGGCACCGUAUAUACCAAUGAGCAAAUGGCGGAAGGGAUCACAGUGGAUCACUUUAAUCAGGAAGCACGCAGAAGUUGUUGCUGCUGAUGAUGUUGUCUUUCCAGUUUUCAAGAUGUUCUGCAAGGUGUGCAUCAUGAUGCUAUUUCCCUUUCUCAAGCAGAAAAGUCACAAUUGCAUUCCAGAUGAACACUACGUGCAAACAUUAUUGACAAUGCAUGAUGGUGAAGGAGAGCUGGAACGUAGAACAAUAACGUAUACAGAGUGGAAACAAUCCGCGUCAAAUAUGGACAAAAGUAGUUGGCAUCCUAUGACAUUUAGCUUUGCAGAUACAGGGCAUGAAAAGAUCAAGAGAAUAAAGGAUAUCGACAACGUUUACUACCACACUGAGUACAGAACAGAGUGGUGUCAUAAUAAUUCUACACUCGUUCCAUGUUUUUUGUUUGCAAGGAAAUUCUCACAAGGAGCUGCAAUGCAUCUACUGAGUGAAGGAGUAAUUUCUCAGUUUGAUGCCUCUGCUUUAAUGGACCCAACAACAUGA